AUGGUUGUUACUGAGAGUGGCCCUAUGUUUUUUAAGGCAGUAAACUGUGAGGGUGAAUACAAAGACAAGUUCUAUAUAUCCAGCUUAAUUAAAGAAGUUAUAAUGCAAGUAGGACCACAAAAUGUAGUUCAAGUUAUCACGGACAAUGCACCCGUUUGCAAGGCAGCAGGUAUGCUCAUUGAGACUAUGUAUUCUCACAUAUUUUGGACUCCAUGUGUUGUGCACACACUUAAUUUGGCUUUGAAGAAUAUAUGUGCUCCUAAGAAUAUCGAGUCUAAUGAGGAUGUAUAUGUUGAGUGUCACUGGAUUACAGAGGUUGGAGACAAAGCACUAAUGAUUAAGAAUUAUAUUCUUAAUCAUAAUAUGGUUUUAGCAAUGUUUAAUCAAUUUUCUCCUUUAAAACUUAUUUCUAUUGCUCAAACGAUAUUUGCUUCAAUACUUGUCAUUCUCAAAAGAUUUAAAUUAGUGAAACGAGCACUUGAAUCAAUGGUUCUUUGUAAUGAGUGGAGUACUUACCGAGAAUGUGAUCCCUCGAAAGCUCAAACUAUUAGGAGCACGAUGCUUGAUGAUUUAUGGUGGGAUAAACUUGAUUAUAUUAUAGAAUUCAUUGCUCCUAUUUAUGAUAUGCUUCGUUUUGCAGAUACCGAUAGACCUUCACUUCAUUUGAUAUAUGAUAUGUGGGACGAUAUGAUAGAGAAGGUAAAAAAUAUCAUAUAUAGGCAUGAAGAGAAAGAGCUCACGGAGGGUUCUGAAUUUUAUGAUAUAGUCUAUGCAAUACUAACAGAUAGAUGGACUAAAAGCUCUUCACCGCUUCAUUGCUUGGCUCAUUCACUAAAUCCGAGGUAUUAUAGUGACACAUGGCUUAGUGCCGCUCCGAAUCGUAUUCCUCCUCAUCUUGAUAUUAAGCUAUCGGAAGAAAGAUAUAAGUGCCUCAAACGAUACUUUCCAUCAAGUGAAGCAAUAACAACGGUAAAUAUUGAAUUUGCUCGCUUUUCGGGGCAAAUGGAUAUUUUUGGUUGUCCCGAUUCCGUGGAAGAAAGAGGCAUUAUGGAACCACUAAUGUGGUGGAUUGUUCGUGGAGCUUCAGCACCAAAUCUCCAAAAAAUAGCUUUGAAACUAUUAUGCCAACCUUGUUCUUCUUCUUGUUGUGAGCGAAAUUGGAGCACAUAUUCCUUUAUUCACUCAAUUCAAAGGAAUAAGAUACUACCAAAACGAGCGGAAAAUUUAGUUUUUGUGCACAACAAUCUUAGUCUUCUUUCAAGAACAUAUGAACAUUACAAGCAAGGGCAAUCAAGGUUGUGGAAUGUAGGAGGUGACCGAUUUGAUCCGCUUGAUGGUGCCGAAGAAUUUGAAAUAUCUAGCCUUUCACUAGAUGAGCCGGAGUUUGAAGCAAUGUUUUUACAAGAUGAUUAA